AUGAUCAUGUUUUUGGUUUCUAGCGCCUGUUACGAGAACAACACGUUCUUCACUGCGUUACGAGCAGGCGAAACGGCAGAAAUGCGUACCUUCGACCCGUCGCACGUCACCGUACACAACGAGCCGUUCAAGCAAGGCUUUCUGAACGUCCAGUCAACGCUGGACAUGCUGAAUGCUAACUUGUCCAACAUCCACACGGACAUCUUGGACAGCAUCGAGUCCCCGGUCAGCGUUUUCUUGUUACACCUGUCCGGCAAGCGUCAUCGACCGACUGCUGACUGGCGACGACAAUUCAGGCAUUACCUGAAUUCGACUUCCUAUGAGCUAAUCGAGAAUCUCAAGGCUCUGUUCGGUGUCUUCUUUCGCCGUAUUAAGCACGUGGUACGCCUUAUGUUUAUAGUUGAAAAUUUUUGAAG